GUAGAAAUUUGCCUGAUGCAUCCCCUUGAUGUAGUGAAAACAAGGUUCCAAAUUCAAAGAGGGAAAACUGAUCCGACCGGUUACAAGAGCCUGGGGGACUGUUUUAGGACUAUUUUCCAGCGAGAAGGAUUGCUUGGCUUCUACAAAGGAAUAUUUCCUCCUAUCUUGGCUGAGACGCCCAAAAGGGCGGUGAAGUUUUUCACCUUUGAACAAUACAAGAAGCUACUAGGAUAUGCAUCAUUACCUCCAGGACUGGCAUUUGCCGUUGCUGGCUUGGGAUCUGGGUUGACAGAGGCAGUUGUGGUUAACCCUUUUGAAGUAGUAAAGGUUACCUUACAGACAAAUCGGAACGCCUUCACAGAGCAACCCUCUAGCUUUGUUCAAGCUCGGCAGAUCAUUAAAACUGAUGGUCUGGGCUUCCAAGGACUCAACAAAGGGCUUACUGCAACACUGGGCCGUCACGGAGUUUUUAACAUGGUUUACUUUGGAUUCUACUUCAAUGUGAAAAACAUUCUUCCAGUCAAUAAGGAUCCAAAUUUGGAGUUUUUGAGGAAAUUUGGAAUUGGGCUAGUCUCAGGAACAAUAGCCUCAAUUAUUAACAUUCCUUUUGAUGUUGCAAAAAGUAGGAUUCAAGGACCACAGCCAGUUCCUGGAGAGAUCAAGUACAGAACCUGUUUUAAAACUAUGGCAACAGUCUAUAAAGAGGAAGGAUUUCUGGCUCUCUACAAAGGCUUGGUUCCCAAGAUCAUGAGGCUUGGUCCAGGUGGUGCAGUGAUGCUUUUGGUUUACGAAUACGUUUAUGCAUGGCUUCAGGACACAGUUGAUCACAAGUAG